AUGUCUGACAACGAUACCCGACGACCAGAGAACGAGCCGAAGCCGAUUCUUAACAUUCCCGCGGGAAACAGCCCGAUCACCCCGGACUCUGCUCCGGGCGUGCUUCCACCUGACGAGAGGCGGACUGGAAAUAUCUUCAAGGACUCUUGGACGGCGAUCAAGGUAUUGUACCUGCUCAUUCCGAAUGCUGACAUCGACAGAGGAUCCGACCUGUCGAGGACUUCAAGAACCUCGGCAACAUCCCUCGUUUCCUCGGCGUCGAACUGGGCGGUGUUCUCCUUCUGCGCCGUUUCACUCGGAAGUUGGGAGGUGUGCCAGAAGCAGCGUCGGGAAGAGCUCGCCAAGCAGCGUAUCAUCCAGGAGCGAUUCCCUCACCGUCACGUCUCAAGACUCAAGAAGAAGGGUGAGGAGUAUGAGGCGCCGUCUCCGUCGGCCACGGAGCAGAAGUAG